CGCGGCUGGAUGAGAUUUUUUGGGGGAAGUGAAAAGCACGACAUGCCUUUUUAUUCCUUACCACUGUUAAAAGAAAAAGCCAGUGAAAAAAUUGUCAUGGUUGGGAAAAGUGAGUAUCUCGGUAUCGGCGAGCCUUUGUCCUUCGCCGGUCCAUCGCCAAGGGAUGAAAAUUUACAAAAAGACCUCGAAGUUGCCCUUCAGAAAAAUAACAUGUACGAAUCUGAAGCCAUUUCUUCGUUACGGCAAUCGGUAAUGAAUAAGCUUGAAGAGAUUGCAAAACGAUUUAUAUACGAAGCAAGCAUUCGGAAAGGGCUCACGCCAGACGAUGCAAAAAAAGCUGGAGGCAAGGUCUUGACGUUUGGCAGCUGUCGUCUUGGCGUUCAAGCAGCUAAUGCGGAUAUCGAUGCAGUAUGUGUUUGCCCUCAACAUAUCACUCGAUCCGAUUUUUUUGAAGGGGUAUACAAGAUGCUGGCGCGAAGACCUGAAGUGACACAGUUAACGGCGAUCCGAGAUGCGUUUGUACCCAUCAUUAAGCUCAAAUUUUCUGGGAUACCGGUUGAUCUGCUCUGUGCACGAUUGAGUCUAUCGACCAUCCCUGACAAUCUUGAUAUUGAUGACACUUCACUGCUGGUGACUCUGGAUGAACGAUGUAUACGGAGCGUUAACGGCACACGUGUGGCGGACGAAAUAUUAAAGAGUGUACCCGAUAUACCAACGUUUCGCACGGCUGUUCGAUGCAUCAAGCUGUGGGCAACAAGACGUGGAAUUUAUUCAAACGUAUUAGGAUUUUUGGGCGGCGUAGCAUGGGCACUGAUGGUGGCAAGAGUGUGCCAACUAUAUCCGAAUGCGUGCGCAAGUACUGUAGCAAGCAAAGUGUUCGGUAUAAUGGUUAAUUGGAACUGGCCUCAACCAGUAGUGUUACGACACUCUCCCGAGGGUCCGCCUUUGCCAAACAUCCAAUCAUGGAAUCCAAGACGAAAUUUAAUCGAUAGAACUCACAAGAUGCCCAUCAUUACACCUGCAUAUCCGACAAUGUGUGCAACCCACAAUAUGACAAACUCGACCUUCCGAAUUGUUAUCGGAGAAUGCAAGCGCGCAGCACAGAUAAUGGAUAAGAUUAUGGUUGGCAGCUUACGUUGGGAUGCGUUAUUUGAAGGACAUGCUUUUUUUAAGAACUAUCGACAUUAUCUGCAAAUUGUCGUCAGUAGCGAUGACUCUCUUCGUCAGCUCCAGUGGAGUGGACUAGUCGAAGCCCGAUUACGAAGGUUGACCACCAAGCUUGAAGCGAUCCAUGGCCUUGCACUUGUACAUCCCUUUGUCGAAGGGUUUGACAAUGUGUAUUCUUGCACAAGUCAGGAACAGAUUGCUGCCGCGGUGAACGGCGUAGGAAACAUCUCGAACCAAGAUGAUGUUGAUGGAGUCAAAAUUUAUACGCGGACGUUCUAUAUCGGCUUAUAUUUCAGACUUGGUCCAGUACGAGAACAAGGUCAAAUAGAUAUCAGCCGACCGAUCAACGAGUUCAAGCGAUAUGUACGGAAUUGGGAACAGUAUGAUGAGCAGCACAUGGGAAUAGUCGUACGAUAUUUACGAAGAUCGAUGCUUCCAGACGAGGUGACACGCACUGCUGUGACCAAACGAACGAACCAGACUGCAGAGCUGUCGCCAUCCAUCAAGAGAGCAAGAACUAAAGGGAUUCCAGAGACCGACAAUAUACCCUCACCGGCCAUCAAUGCACCACACAUGACACUUGUCGAAGAAUGCUCUACGACUUUAUGAACACGAUCACCGUCGACAGCAACAGCAUGAAAGCAAGGCAUGAUACGGCGACGAAGAUGAAGCAAAGAGAAAAUGAAGCGGGAUAUGCAGCUGCUAGUAAUGGCUGUAUGCCAUUAUAUAUAAAUAUAAUGACAUGCAGAUCUAUACGGGUAAGGUUGCUUUUGCGCGAUUACAAACUUUCGGCAAUAUAUACAUUUUACAUUCUACAUAGCAUACACGAAUUCAUCGGACCAAAAAAACAGAUACUUCAUAAUUCUACUUCUCUGCUUAGCUAGCGGAUCCCCCUCCAUAUUUUGUUGCAAUGAAAAUAAAAGAAGUAAAAAAGAAGGUUAAAUCCAAG